AUGGAGCAGGCAGAGGGAGAAUUUCGGGGAUGGGGAGCAAAGGACUGGGGUGCUUGCUGCACUCCCAGGGAGCCAGCUCCCCCGCUGGCUCCAAUAGGCACCCCCGUUCUCCGAGAGCCCCUCCAGAGAGGGGGGCCCCACCAGUUUCACCACCGUAGCCCGGGGGCACGGGACCAGCAAGGCCAGAACCAAAGCCAGUCUGCAGGAUCCAGCUGUUGUUCUAUAGAGAGUGACUUCUCCAAAGAGGCUCCCCCAGACUUUAGUAAUGAGCAUGCAUCCCCACCCCCAAAAAGGAGGAAGAGGGGUGUCUGUGAAGAGGAACAGGAUGUCUUGCUGGAUCCGGUCCCUAACAGAUGCGGGCACUUGUUUUCCACAGGGUGCAUCCAGUCUUACUCGGCCCAGGAUGAUCCAUUGGAUCCCAGCACCAAGUGUGGAAAAAAAUCCAGAGAGAGCUGUGUACAAGACAGCCUGCAAGAGGUUCUAAAGGAACAUAAGAUCAGUCUGAGAAGGAGAUGUGAACGUGUGGCUGAAGGACUUGAUGAAACAGGAAGUAGAACCAACCUAAACAGGAUCUACACUGAUCUCUACAUCACAGAGGGACAGAGUGAAGAGGUUAAUACCCAACAUGAGGUGAAGCAGCUGGAGAGAGCUUCAAAGAUCAAGAACCCCCAUGAUUCUCCAAUCCGGUGCCAUGACAUCUUUAAAGCCUUACCUCACCAAUGUGGAGCCAUCAGAGUGGUUCUGACCAACGGUGUUGCUGGUGUUGGAAAAACCUUCUCAGUGCAGAAGUUCACUCUGGACUGGGCAGAGGGUUUGGAGAACCAAGAUGUUAGUUUGGUGGUUCUGCUUUCCUUCAGGGAGCUGAACCUGAUCAGAGACCAGCAGCACAGUCUUCUCACGCUGCUCCAUGUUUUCCAUCCAACCCUCCAGAAGCUCCCAGCAGAGAAGCUGGCUGUCUGGAAGCUUCUCUUCAUCUUUGACGGCCUGGAUGAAAGCAGACUUUCUCUGGACUUCAACAACAGUGUUCUUGUUUUUGACGUCACACAGAAGUCAUCAGUCAACGUUCUGCUGAUGAACCUCAUCAAGGGGGACCUGCUUCCCUCGGCUCUCAUCUGGAUAACUUCCCGACCUGCGGCAGCCAAUCGGAUCUCUCCUUCCUGUGUUUCCAGGGUAACAGAAGUACGUGGCUUCACCGACACCCAGAAGGAGGAGUACUUCAGGAGGAGGUUCAGUGAUGAAGACGAGAAGGCCAGCAGGAUUAUCUCUCACAUCAAAACCUCUAGGAGCCUCUUUAUCAUGUGUGGGAUCCCAGUGUUCUGCUGGAUCACUGCUACGGUUCUGGAGAACCUGUUGACCACAGAGCAGAGAGGAGAGCUGCCCAAGACCAUGACUGACAUGUACUCGCACUUUCUGCUGGUCCAGACCAAGAGGAAGAAAAACAAGUACCAAGGGGGACAAAAGACAUGUCCUCAAGAGCUGACGAAAACUGACUGGGAAGUUCUUCUGAAGCUAGGGAGGCUGGCAUUUGAGCAUCUGGAGAAAGGAAACAUCAUGUUCUACCAAGAAGACCUGGAGCAGUGUGGUCUGGAUGUCAAAGAGGCCUCUGUGAAUUCAGGAAUUUGUACAGAGAUCUUCAAAACAGAGAGCGUGAUCUUCCAGAAUCCAGUCUACUGCUUUGUUCAUCUGAGCAUCCAGGAGUUUCUGGCUGCUGUUUAUUGUUACAGCAAGCGGAAUUCUGAGGUACUCAAAAGCUUUCUUGGCGAAGGAAAAUCAAAACCUAUAGAUUGCAUCCUCAAUCGAAUCAUGGAAAAAUCUCUCAAAAGUCAAAAUGGCCACCUUGACCUGUUUGUCCGGUUCCUUCAUGGACUUACUGUGGAGUCCAACCAGAAACUCUUAGGAGGCCUGUUCGGUCAGAGAAAGUACAAUCCAGGCAUUCUUCAGAAAGUAAGCAAGAACCUGAAGAAGAUGAACACAAAUCAAAUUUCUCCUGACAGAAGCAUCAACAUAUUUCACUGUCUGACAGAGAUUAAUGACCAUUCAGUCCAUCAAGAAAUUCAAAAGUUUCUGAAGUCAAAGAAGAAAACAGAGAAGAAGCUAUCAGAGAUCCAGUGCUCAGCUCUGGCCUACAUGCUACAGAUGUCAGAGGAGGUUCUGGAUGUGUUGGACCUGAAGAAAUAUAAUGCAUCAAAUGAGGGACGACUGAGACUGACUCCAGCUGUGAGGAACUGCAGAAAGGCUCGAUUUGUCAGAUGUGACUUAUCAGAGACUCACUGUGAAGUUGUGGCCUCAGCUUUGAAAAGCAACCCGUCCCAUCUGAUUGAGCUUGACCUGAGCUGCAACAAGCUGGGGGAUUCUGGAGUAAAUCUUCUUUGUCUUGGACUGGAAAGUUCAAACUGCAGGCUCCAGAUGUUGAGAUUGAUAGACUGCAGGUUGUCAGAGAUCAGUUGUGCUUCUCUAAUCUCAGCUCUGAAGUCCAACCCCUCGAAUCUGACAGAACUGGACCUGAGUAGUAACAAACUGAAUGAUGAUGCAGUGAAGAUUCUCUGUGAAUUUCUGAAGAAUUACCUCUGUAAACUGAAGACACUGAGAUUGUGGGGCUGUUGUUUGUCAGAGAACAGCUGUGCUUCUCUGGGCUCAGCUCUGAAGUCCAACCCCUCCCAUCUGACAGAACUGGACCUGAACAGAAACAAAGACCUGAAAGAUGCUGGAGUUGAGGAGUUAUGCCAUUUUUUCAAGCGUUCACUCUGUCGACUAAAUAUACUCAAAUUAGGGAACUGCAGUCUGUCAGAGAGAAGCUGUACUUCUCUAGGCUCAGCUCUGAAGUCCAACCCCUUCCAUCUGACAGAACUAGACCUUAGCGAGAAUCGCUUGAAAGACGCUGGAGUGGAGCAGCUCUGUGGUUUUCUACAGACUCCGAACUGCAAACUGCAGAUACUGAGAUUGUGGCGCUGCAGUUUGUCAGAGAUCAGCUGUGCUUCUUUGGUCUCAGCUCUAAAGUCCAACCCCUCCCAUCUGACAGAACUGGAUCUGAGCAGAAACGACCUGAAAGAGUCUGGGGUUCAGCAGCUGGAGGAUCUUGUAAAGAGUCCAGAUUUCGAGCUAAAGACUGUGAAGUGGAGGAUGAUCUCAGUGGAGGAGAGAAGCUGAUCUGUGUCCUGAUGAUCGUCAGAGGUUGAAGCUGCAGCAGUUUGAGUUCAAAGAGACUCUGACUGGAUCCUGAUGAUGAACUCUGAGUUUAGAGAUUUUUUUUUAAGUACUUUUCAUCUUUGUUGCUGUCUAGUUUCAUAUAAUAUAUUGAAGACUAAAAUUGAUUAAGAGAAUUUUUAUUAAAAAAGAACCAUGAAAAGUUUUAACAAACCUUUAGUUUAUUGUUAAAUGAAAGUAAAUGUAAAAAAGCAGGUGUGGAGCGAUCCAGGACCUCAGAUGGACUCAGGAAGCCCUUCCAGUCCGGCCCCAGCAGGGUGGAGGAGGGCUGCUGUCAUUAAGGAGGAGCUGCUUGGACUGAAAAUAGAGUCCAAGGCUGAUUUCUAUCAUUUGGCCUUAGCUCUUCCUCACCAACCCUAAGCUAGUGAGGUUGUCUAUGUGUGGCCAAGUAUUUGUUACCUUAUGGGGACAGUGUUAGGCCGUUAUCCCACAAAUACACUACUUUGAAGGGACAUCUGGGUAACUGGGAAUUAGGCAGUCUGUAUUGAGAACUUCUCCAUUCUGUGAUAUCUCUAAGUUACUCUAAGUGUCGAAGCACUUUAAAAACAACCACUGCUGCUCCACUUUUCUACGUGGCACAUUCACAUGAUUUUUAUUUGUAAGGGGUAGCUAGUGAUGGGUUAAUGAGGCAUCUUGAAGCGGUUCCACACAUUGCCAAAUAGGUUUCCCCUUUGUGGGGAAACUUAAGUGGUCAUUGCAUUGUCUGUCUCACAGAAUACUGAGACCUGCUGGACAUUUAAAGACACUACAGGCAGCUUAUUUAACAGACUAAACUGAAUUGAUUUGAUGACCUAGUUCAAUGAUAUCAUUUGAGCUAUUGUAGGUUAUAUUGUAUUACUUCAUAACUGUGUUUAUAUUGAAAAUAUCUUUGAUAUUUUUAGAUGCAGCCAAUAAAUAAUGUAAACAUAUAACGUGAAAAUUUAGGUGGAAAUGUGAAUGAGGAUGCUUGUGGACUAGGAUUUUAAAUCAUAUUUUACAGGGAAAAAAAGCUAAUUAACUUUAAGUCGGAAAAGUUGAGUGAUAACUGAGAGGAAAAGAAUGACACAAUGAGAAAAUCAAAAACGGCUAAAACGUUCCCAUUCCUUUUUUUAGCAGAUGCAUCAUGUUGAGAGAUACAUUUUUGAACCCAGUUUAGUGAGUCAGUCAGUUAGAAAAAAAACUCCUGGAUCAGUCACAUGACUUUCUGACAGCGACACAUGCACCGAUACAGUGUUUUACUCUAUGGGCUUCACGCAUGCACCCAUGCAUCAGUGGUGCUGGACCCAUCACUAAGGGUAGCUAGCAUAGGCUGCGCUAGCUUAGCACUUCAUUUCCAUUUCAGUUCAGUUUAUUUAUAUAGCGCCAUUUCACAACUCAUGUUGUCUCAAGGCACUUUAGAUACAAUUCAACCAGAUCAUGCAAUCAGACUGGUUUGAUGUGUUAUAUCUAAAGAAAACCAGUUGCUUUCAUCAACUCAUUGACUUGAAAGCAAUCCCUCACACCAAGCAUGCUUGUAGCGACAGUGGAGAGGAAAAAUGCCCUUUUACCAGGACGAAACCUCCAG